AUGAUUCAACUUCUUCCUAAUGAAUUGCAAAUUCAAAUUUUGACGAAUGUUAUUACAAAAACAAAUUUUGAAUUUUUUUGUACUCUUCGGACUGUUUGUAAAAAAUGGAAUGCAUUCGUUCCUUUAAUAAUGCACGAAUUCGUUAUUUCCAGAUUAAACUCUGGUUUAAAAUUUGAGUUAACGGACUGGAAUGAGACCAAGUGGUCAAGAGAAUUGCUACCAUCAUAUGACGAUCAAACUAAGACCUUUAAUUUCCUAUUUAAUAAUGCUACUUACAGCAGCAAGUCUGUUUAUUAUAGAGAACAGGAUGGUUAUAAAAAUAAAUCACUUUUUUAUAGAAGAUUUAAUAAACGUAAAAAUAAGAUUGAUUUUAUAGCACUCGUAGAAAAGACUGAGAAUUUUUUCAACUCAAUUAAACUUGGAGCUAAAUUUGGUAGUUUAACAUGGCCUGAAUUCGUAGACAAUGAUAUGUAUAAAUAUGAAUUCGAUAAUCAAAGUAACGUGUGUUUCGAACGGGUGAUUGAGAAUAAAAACGAUAGUUAUUUGAAGCUUUAUAGUUUUACCAUUGCGGCUUGGAAACUUUAUUAUAUUCUAGAUUGUCUUCAAGUUAAUGGUCGACUUAAGAAAUUAAGAAAAGGAUUUCAAUAUUUUAAUGAGGAUCAUGGCUUAGAUAUGCGUCCUUUUUUAGUAGAUUAG